AAGCUGGAUAUUACUACAAGGCUGGCGACAAAAGGAAAGUCAAAACUGGUUCUUUAUAAAUCCUUUCAGUGCCUUUCAUUCCUAAGGGAUCAGUCGUUAAGAUUAGUAAGCCUUACACUACUGCCGUCAUAGUAAAGUGAAGAGACCAGCAACAGAAGUACAAACUACGGUAUUCCAUCAUACAACUAAAGCAAGCAUACAAGUAUUGCUGAUAACAGUUCUAUCGAUCGACGAGCCGGCGGUAUAGGGCCAGUCGAUUGUGUCGGCGAUAUAGUGUAACGGAGUGCGGUCCGAGUUUACCUACCUCAUCACCUCAUCGAGAACCUCAUCUUUUUGCGCCUUCUAGAAUUAACGUCACCUGCAUGCCUUGACCACAGACACCAUGCCCCUACCUCUGGUGUGUCAACACCACCUAAUGUCUGUUAAUUUUUAGUAAAGAUAUGUAAUUCACUUGCUAUCGAUUUUGCCGCGAUAAUCGUUAGUGGCUACGUCACGCUGCACGUGGAGUCAGAGAAAUAUUACAAUUAUGGGAUGUAAGCAGUCUGCGCCUGAAACCAAUACGAGGUCACUAACGGCAGAUCCAGAGGAGGCAAUGGCGGAUAAGUUACCGGAGCCUGCUCCGCCAGCUCCCACGGAUCCACGGCUACCGCUGGACGUUAGACAGGUGUUCAAGCUUAAAAAAUCAUGGAAGGGCAUCAAAAGGUGUAUGGAAUCCACAGGAGUCGAGAUGUUCAUAAGAAUGUUUCGGUCUAAUUGUGAGAUCCAAGUACUGUUCCAGAAGCUCAACCAUCUGCAGACAGAAGAAGAAAUGAGAGUGGACGAAAUUCUGGAGAAGCACGCGACUACUGUCAUGGCGACGGUGGACGAAGCGAUGAACAAUAUUGACAAUGUGGACUUCGUGUUAGCGUUACUCAGACACCGUGGUUCUUACCACAAGAAAAUCCCGGGAUUUACGAAACAAAUGUUCUGGGCGAUCGAGCUCCCUUUCCUGGAGGCUGUGAAAAUCACACUAGGAGACCGCUACAGUGAUAAUAUGGACAUAAUCUACAAAAAAACAAUCAAGUUUGUUCUAGAAACGAUGGUAGAGGGAUACGACACGUCCAAUACUGUGUCCUGAGGUCACGUGAUGAUGACCAUGUCUGCUACGGACAUACAUCGUGCCAACAUGGUAAUAGACAAGGAUGAAACAGUGGAUCUAGCACGAUUUCUCCGGAAAUUUCCCGGAAAUUUGGCCUGCUGGCACGUGUAGAUUGUGGCUAUCAGGCUCGUGCUGGCUUUGUGGAUCGGGAUGUACGACGCAGACUAAAGCGAUACGGUUACAAACAGCCCGCUAGGUGGCAGCAGGAUACAUCUAAAUAUGGCAUGUCCCAACAUUGUACAAGAUAUGGGGAUACAUGUCAGUUUUAGAGUGACCGACCGAAAAUGGAUCCUCGAAUUGUUAUAAAUUUGUUAAAGGCAUCCUCAGAAAGUAAAACGUCCAUGGAUGUUUGGAAAAUGGCGUCAAUGUGCAAACGACGGAAUGAUUGUGUGAUGAGUUGUGGAUAUGGGGGUAUAUAUGUAUGUUUGAAGGAGUUUAAAGAGGCCUAUGUGUUAUAUGUGGUAGAAUUGUAGAUUAAAUACGUUAUGUGUUACGUCAUGUGUGACAUCAUACAAUGUUGGAGUACUUACGUCGCGAAUGACUUCCAUCAGUAUCCUCCCUGCUUAUAAUUAUUUAGGUAAAUCCUGCAUAAAUUAUAUGCAACCCAUCCACGUCAUCGUACUGCCCUUGUAGCCUCCCUUUACACACAGGAACCUCUGCAUUCCCUUGUAUCCAUCUUCUAUAAGGCUUAAUGGUACAAAUAAAUGUUCAAAUAGACAUUUCACGUUAUCUGUGGGGUCUCAACACCAUAACGUGCAUGUCAACGUGAUUGACGUUUCAAUAUGUAAUGAAAUGAAACGCUGCGUUUUGGCGGCCUCUUCGUCGACAUGAGCUUUCGGGAUUUGCCAACAAACGUCACAGUCUCUAAGAUAGAUUGAAAAUGUCUGUUGAAUUUGUCCACGCAAUAUGAACUUAUGGUUUAUUUUGUAUUUUAACAGAUACGUAGGAUCAGUUAAAUCCCAUAGCGUAAUGUUUCCGUUUUGAAUAUCAAAGAUAUAAAUUCAACCAUGCCAACUAGUGUUGAUACCAGUAAUUACUGAUCAGGUCCGUUAUAGCGUUCCAUUUUUUACAUCUAUCAUAGCAAUAAAAUCGGAAUUGUAUAACGACACUUCCACGUUAGAAUGACAUUACUGUUGUGUGACCGCACAACGCACCGAAAAUAGCGUGCGCACACCGUGCACACAUCGUUCACACACCGUGCACACACCGUGCACACACCGUGCGCCCUCUGCACAUCGUGUAACGUUGUGCGAUCCCACAACUGUACCUUUUAUGCAACUAAAAUACACAAAGCAAUGGAAGAUAUUACGAUAUGACUGCCAUUAGAUCUUCAUCAAGAUAACAUUAAAUACUCUUGAACAGUGCAGACAAAUACCUGUGCUAUAUAUUACAUCAUGUUUGUCCCUUAUUUAGGUUAUACCUUAAUGUAAUAUGAGUGUUGGUCUGACAUUAUUGGUAUGGUCUAUAUGGCUGUUAGAUAUAUGCGUUUAUAUAACGUUUCUAAAAUCAUAUUGUUUAAAGAUCAAUCAAGAAGGUCAGCUAAAAUGAACGUCUAGACUAAUACAUCAGACUGACGUAUUUGUCUAAAUAAGACAUAAUUCUCUAGCUUUUUAUCUUUACCUUUCCAAGUGACUCCAUAAAUCAACCAAUGCGCAUGCGCACAUCCUACAUUUUUAUUCACCCUGCUCAUAAAUGCGUUUGCUACAUUGAUACAUCAUUAUGUUCCCAAUGCGCAUGCGUUACUGCACUAUUUUGGUCAAUAUCGCCCCUAGGCUACCAUUGCAUCCUCCUUCAAACUAUUCGGAACACACGAGUGGUACAUGUAUGUCUGGAGUGGAUUCGAAUGGAGUUGACUGUAGAAAGGAAGCAAUGCGAGAUGAUUGUGUUUUACCGUCGAUGGUUAUUGAAUAAUUUGUAUAUUUAAGUUUAUCUAAACAUUAUUAUGAUAAUAUAUAUUAUAGUUUAUUUACAGAGAAAGUAUUUUGUGUAGAAAUAGUAUGUUGUGUGAUAUAGCGUGGGUCGCUGCUGGGCUGUAUUCCUUAGGAUUCUUGUGAUUGCCUUCAUGUGUCGACCCUCGGGACCAGUAAGUGUACUGUUAUUUAUGGUUCCCAGCUGGCUACAUAUUGUACUCAUGUGUAUGCAUAAUAUUGGGAACAUUUAACCACAAAGAAAUAAAAAGCUAGCGUAGCUCUCCAACGUGUUAAUUUGUCUUAAAGCUAGCUUACAUAGAGUGGUGUUAUAUAUAAAAAAAAAAAAAAAAGCAAAAGCAAAUGUAGCAUUAUUCAAGACUAUAAAAAUUGAAAUAACAUUAGCUUAAGCAAUUAUUUGAAAGCAAUAAACGAAAAAUCACGUUUGUAUAGGAAGCCUAGUUUCAAGUUGAAUUUCUAUUUACAUGUCAAGCAUGUAUAAAUCAAUACGAUCGUACAUAUAAUAUAUAUUUUAAAACAUAGAAUGUAUUUAUGCCGAGUCAACAUUGGCUUAUUGGACAUAAGUAAUCAUGUUCUUUUAAAACAUGUUCUGGUUAAUGAAUUUCACAGACAAAGGCAACGCAUCAAUAUACGUAGCGCUCACAACUAUACAUAACCAACAGACAGAUAACCCACCCCCAGUCAGAGAUUACCGACAGACUUUGAUAACCAAAAAAGAGGUAACUUAUAGACAUAGUUUACCCACGGAUAUAGGUAUCCCACAGUCAGAGAGUACAUGUAUCCACAGGCAUAGGUAACCGGCAGACAAAGGUCACCCAAUGACAUAGGUAAUUGAUCUCAAGCGCUGUAGUUUUGACUGCAUUCUAAAUAAAUGUACAUGUAUAUGUCAUUAUCAUCCGAUGUGCCCAAAGCACAUGUACAUGCAUUGUUGAAAUAUCUGAAUAUUGCAAAUUUUCAUCGAAAAACCCAACAAACAAUAAUCAUAACUUCAUAUUAAAGUAAAUUCUUAAUCGGAACAAUUUUGUAAUUAAAAAAAAAAUAAAAAACAGUUUACGAGUUCCAAGAUCUAAUAAAUAAUAUAGUAGCAAAUAUAUCCUAUGUCUAUAUAUAAAACGGCACAAUGGCGUCACAUAUCGCAUCACAUGAAGCCAAACUGUUGAAGCGGAAGUAAAAAGAAAACCAUUUCGUAGACACUUGUCGCUUCAUGUUUUGCUGGUACAUAUAUGAGAGUUUGCAACAGACUUCAGCUUAAAUAUUAUUGUUGUCAAUCCAUAGUGGCUGAUGUGCAUUAUUUUUCAUGAUUAUGUUUUAUGCAAACGAACCUUGCGAUGUACCCUCUAAGCUCAAAACUGCACAAAUUCCUGUAUCUCCAAAACCGUUCCAUCUGAAGUUGACUACCUAGUUCUGCCCAGUCUUUAGUUUCUGUACAUAAUGUUUAUCGAAAACUAAAUGAGAUUAUUCUUACAGUUAAGUUGUCUUUUUGAUUAUGCUAAAGUAUGCAAUUUUCGUUUGCAAUCGUUUCUGAACGAUGGUUACUGCACAUAUUUGUAAACGGGGCUUUGAGACGAAUACACUACAUGUGAUUUUUAAUUUCUUUAAAUGAAUAAAAACAAAGCCAUCAGAUAUGAUAACGUUUCAAUAUCGUUCGAAUUUGUGCGGGAAAUACAUUGUAGCUCGUGAUGUCGGCUGUUCCUCUGUUGCUGUUCACUUUAUUGAUCUGCUCUUACCGAUAAAAACGGCGAAUUUGAUAUCGAAGGGAAAAUGUCUUGAAAGGAAUUAUAUCAGUGACCGGAUUGAUUAGGUUUCAGUGUAUAACUAAAGUAUGAGUACAUGAAUGAGUUGUCGUUCACCUGCUCUUGUCGGUCAGUACGCAAACGAUUCAAUACUAUUCUAUUUUUGAAUUUCAUGAUCCUUAAGCUUACCACGAACUAAGUCACGUGGGAUAUAACGAAUUUUGGUCACGUGGUGUAGAUUUGCAGCGUGUGCAUGUGGAGUGGGUCUUGUGUCUAUUUACAGUUUAAUGGUUGCCACGUUGUGUCAACUACGUAAUAAACACAUAAAAAGCCAG